AUGGCACAGAUCUACCGUCGGUUCCUGCACUGGGCAAAGGGUGUAUUCCAUUCUGGCACCGAUCAGAAUGAAAAUACGAUUGAAGGGGAGAUUCACUGGAGCAGAGCCAUUCGCCAUUAUAUGAUCCGUGUAGGAAUACGCCCCACGAGCUGCCGAGAGUCAGAGAAGCUGUGGCGCCUAGCCCUCAAUGAGAGCGGAGAUAAGCCUGACAGCCUGAAUGACGGCCCAUUGGCGCUAAGCAUCACACCCCCGGAUAUUGCUGUCAUACGUGGUCGGUUAGACGCUAUUCUCUUCUCAAGGCUGUCCGCUGCAAUAAAGGAAGAAAUCAACGCUCUCAAACACACCAGCUUAGGUGAUGCACCAGGUGCUGGCAACACUUUGUAUUUAGAUUGUCUGCUGAAGGUUUCUACGCCACAUAGCAUCAAGGGGGAACAUUUUAUUCCGGAGCAUGAUGUUGACAACAUCCUAUGGUAUGGUGACCGCGAUAAACUGGACACCAACCUAGUGAUUACUCGCAAGGAGAUUCCCUUGGAUUCUCAAGAUCGCUCGCCACUGCCGUCCAUGAUUUUGAUUCACCGCACUCGCGAAUUUGUCGGCCGCAAGAGUGAGAUUUUUGGUAUCUGUACCGAUAGCUAUCAGUGGAAUUUCAUGCACAUCAACAAGAAGCGCCAGGUAAGCGAGUCCCAUUCUUCGUAUAAACCAGACGUUCAUGCUUCCAGGUCUCCCGUUUAUCCCUGUACUGGUUGCAUGAUCAGCACCAAAUUGAAAAGCUGGUUCGCCACAUUAUCCGCCAGGCAGCUAUCCUUCAUCGAAAAGCAGUUGGAAGUUAGAGGUUCUUGA